GGGAGAGAGAGAGAGGGAGAGGCUGAAGCUCUGCCUCUCAACCAGAGCCUCCUCCUCGUUCUCCUCCUCCUCCUCCUCCUCGUUCUCCUUUGCGCCUCGCUUCUUUCUCUUCAACACAAAACAAUGACGGCGGCGGGUCCGGGCGCCUCCUGCUCCUGCUCGCCUUCCUCCUCUGCAUCAUGGCCAACGGAGGGGCGGCGGCGGUGAUGCUGAAAUGCGUGGUGGUGGGCGACGGGGCGGUGGGCAAGACGUGCCUCCUCAUGAGCUACGCCAACGACGCCUUCCCCGAGGAGUACGUGCCCACCGUCUUCGACCAUUACGCAGUCAGUGUAACCGUCGGAGGCAAGCAAUAUCUCCUUGGGCUAUAUGACACUGCAGGACAGGAAGACUAUGAUCGCCUGAGGCCCUUGUCAUACCCCAUGACUGAUGUCUUCCUCAUUUGCUUCUCUGUGGUCAAUCCAGCUUCUUUUCAGAAUGUGAAGGAGGAAUGGGUACCAGAACUAAAGGAAUAUGCACCAAAUGUACCAUACUUGUUAGUUGGAACCCAGAUUGAUCUUCGUGAUGACCCCAAAACUUUAGCAAGAUUGAACGAUAUGAAGGAAAAGCCAAUAUGUAUGGAGCAGGGACAGAAGUUAGCAAAAGAGGCGCCUACUGCUACGUGGAGUGCUCAGCUUUAACACAGAAAGGACUGAAGACUGUUUUUGAUGAAGCUAUUAUAGCCAUUUUAACUCCAAAGAAACACAUGGUGAAAAAAAGAAUAGGCUCAAGAUGCAUUAAUUGCUGCCUGAUCACGUGAAACCGCACUGGGCCACGCAUACUGUGAAACUCCUGGAACCAUGCAAAUACACACUUAAAACAACAACAACAUCCUACUAAUAGAUCAUAGAUCAAUUGGGAAGCUGCCUUUUCGGAACUGGCAUUUGGAGAAACCCAGAGGGAGAGGGGGAAAUCCCAAAUGUGUGAAGGAGCACGCACCAUCUGUUACAAAUACUUUAUUCAGACUGGAAGGAAAGUACAAUCUCUCAGGGGUAACAUAAUUUAGGGCAAGCGACAGAUGUCUCCUCAUGUUGCCCCAGCAUGCAAGCCGUGUUUCGAGAGGAGGAACACCAGCCCCAAGAUGUUUGAAGAUGUUUGGAUAGGCUUCUGCUUUUUGACCAUAGUCUGCACAGUCUUUAUGGAGUCAGCACAACAACAAAGACGCCUUCCCUCUUUGCUCCAGUUAUCUGCUUUUGUAUGUAAGCUUCUUCCUGUUCCAGUAUAUCCACAAGGGUGCAAAAAGAAGACCGGACACAUAGCCCAGAGUGGCUCCAAGCGAACAAGAGAUGGGCCAAACCUGGAAGAAGAGAACACUGCAUCAGAAGGAGAAGUCUGGGCGGGAGGAGAAAAACAGAAGACCACAGCUCCUCCCUGGUGUUCUUUUCUGAGUGAGUUUGUGUGUAAUGGAAAGAAGUGUGGAACUGGAUCCACUGCAGAGCUUAACUUGCUUUUCUCAGAGAAUGCCAAAAGUGUUAACCAAUCAUCAUCCAUUUCUUAACAGUGUUGUACAGUUUUUAAACUAAUGUGCAUUAAAAUGCAACUAGGCUUCUGGCUAUAUUGCAAAUAAUGCUUGGUAAUUGCCAGAACAAAAUGAGAAGAUUGUGGAGCAUUUUAUGUGCCCAUUUUUGUAGCCAGAGUAGUGUAUAUGUUUCUGCUUUGCAGUUAAUCUGUUGCUGUUUUUUUAAAAAUAGCGGGUGGUUAAAGCAGUUUGUAUUUUCCCCCUAUUUCUCCCCCACCAAUCCCCAUAAUUAUGUCAUUUUAAAAUUACUAAAAAGCUCAGAAAAAGUAUUUUAGGGGGAUGCAACUCCCAGAAUUUCCAAACUGGGAGAUUUUGAAGAUUGUUCAAAAAGAGCAUUUUUUUGAAGCUUUGUUAAUAGCUGUGAUGGAAUGUUUAACAGGAAAGCACAAUUGACUGAAGGACAGUAAGAUAAUGCACAAACCACAGGAACGGUAAAGUUGAUGACAUGACUAACAAACCAAUAGGAGGUAUGCUUUCAGUUCAGCCAUUCAGGAACUAUAUUUCAUACCUGUUGGUCUCUGAGGUUUUCUAAUCCACCCUUAAUCUCCCAUGCUUCUGCGCCCAUUAAAAGGCUGAAAAGAUGUCCUUCUUUAGGCAAUGCAACUUAGCAGGGAACUCCAAAAUGAGUUGGAAGUGUAGAGCUGUAUUUGACUCCUUUGUAUCCUUCCCAUUGAUGCCUUACUUCACUCCCAAUUUUUGCACACAGAGCAUGAAGAUUGGUUAAUGAGCAGUUCCCAAAAUAUGUUCAGCUGAUGUAUACGUACAACACAGUACCUUUGCCCAUGUGGGACUUCUGUUUUUAAGUUUAACAUUUGAACAAGUUAUGGUGAACAAAGCCCCUGCUUCUUAAUUUGAAGCAAGUAGUGAAAAGGAAACAGGUUCAAGGUGACUGGAAGCACAACCCCCCUGCCCCCAAUUUAGUGAAUUCAGGAGUCAAAGGCAGAAUGGAAAAGGUUCCUGCAGGGAACUGGAUGAAGGAUUAUAACAGCACUCUGUCACCAAGUCAUCUGUCAGUUGCCUCUGGGGAGGCUAAUGACAUCACCCACACAUUAGCAGAAUCUAAAUUACACCUAAAGAAAAGAACAGUUGUGACUAGACAAAACUAUAUAUUUGGGGAAAUGAAUGUCAAAAAAGACAUAUAUAUUCCAUCUUGGGUUUUUUUUUUUCAUUUCAGGAGCAACUUGAGAAACUGCAAGUCCCUUCUGUUGUGAGAGAAUUGGCCGUCGGCAAGGACGUUGCCCAGGGGACACCAGAUGUUUGAUGAUUUACCUUCUCUCAUGUCCCUGCAUGGGGAGCUAGAGCUGGCAGGUGGGAGCUAACCUUGCACCCUGGAUUCGAACUGCCAACAAUCGGCAGUCCUGCCGGGACAAGGGUUAACCCAUUGUGCCACCAGGGGCUCCUCUUCCAUCUUGGUGAGAAAACAGGAAAUAUUUCUAAAAUUUUGUUUGCUGCCUAUAGUUUUGUUCUUUUGUGUCCCUUCAAGUCAUUUUUGGCUUAUGGCAAACCUAAGGCAUGCACAGCAUGGAACUAGGAAACAGGCAAACUGGCCCAAUAAUUUAACAGAUAUAAAACCUUCAUCUGACAAAUGUGACUGUUUUCACUCAUUCACAAUUGAUUUAGGGCAUACUUCCAGUGAUUAACAUGUCCUUAAUUCAAAAUAUUUCAGUAUUGAACUUUGCACUAUUAUAUAAUCAUCAAGUAAAUACUGAACCUGAAAUCUAGUUGAACAUUUUAAAGAACACUGCAUUGUCGAAGACUCAAUUAACCAAGCUUUCUUCAAAGAAUUAGAUUUUUCUUGUAAAUGCCUGAAUAAACGCGUACUGGCAAAUUUAAGGACAUGUUGAGGGACACUGGAAUGCUACACAAUUUUUGGUUGAAUUGCAACACAUCACAAGCGAAUGGGCAACCAAAUGUACAAUUGAAUGCUCAUAUGUAUGCACAAUAGCACCCUAUGUGCAAUUCUGCUUCUUGAACUUCUUGAACAGACUAAAGUAUCCAACUGCUUGCAGGAGGAAACAUGUGUCUUAACAUACCAGUGGGGUUCCAGCCACUGACAAUGCCCUGCUCUAUUUCAGUUCUAUUUAAGUUUACCUUAUCAAGCAAAAUAGUUUUUCAUCUAUGAAUGCAAACUGGUGGCAUAUACACCUUGAUUCCUUUUCCUCCAUAAUUGCAACAACUGAGAAUCUACUCUUUAACCGUUCUCAGGAUGUCGACUCUUGUUGCAAUGUACUCACUUAAGCACAUACAAUUUCCACACAUAUAAUGGAAGUAACCCUGGGUGCAAGAUUGGAAACUUGUUCCACCACAACAAGCACCAAAGUAACAACUCUUUGUGGACUAAUGUGGUCUUCCAAACAUGCAGUCCCUGAGGUGGUUGUCAUUGUAUGCAACAACAAAAUGUUCACUUAAGAUAACAUCAAAUCUUGAUACUAUCCAGCACAGAUUAGAAACAUUAUUUUUCGGACUAUAUUAUUGUAAUAAUUUAUAUUCCAUUUUUCCCAGUUUGAAACUCAAGGUGGCUUACAAAUGAUAAAUAUGGCCAAAAAAUAACUUACAGAACCUAAUAAUAUAAUUAAAAUUAAAGCCUAUUUUUAAAAACAUUUUAAAAGCAAGAGUGUGGUAUGUUUUCCAGGCUGUAUGGCCUCAUUCUAGCAGCAUUUUCUCCUGAUGUUCACCUGCAUCUGUGGCUGGCAUCUUAAAAAGCAGAAAAUGCAAAACCCAGCACCUUGAGCCUACCCAUGUAAACAUAGUAAGAAUAGCGAUCUAAAUUAUGUGGAAAGGGAGCUCCAGAGAUUGGAUGUAACUAUUAAGAAGUUCCUCUCCCAUCUGUCAGCCCCAGGUGUGAAAUAUGGAUCUCUUGAAAACACUGCAUUUUUGGACUACCGCGCCAAGAAUACGUCACCUAGGACAGUGUCACAGCUUAUCACGCUUAGCGGUUUUGAGCUCUGGGGGUGCAGGGCAAUCUUGCUGUGCCUUUUGCAAUUCUGAGACAAACUGUAUUGCCAUAAUAUUUGUAAUGGGCACAGUUUACAUUAUCUCCCCCACCUCGGCUCCUUUUCUCAUCUCCUAGACAACAAGUGAAAUGUAGCCUAAGCAUUUGAAGAAAAUAACAAAGCCAGAUUGUCUCUCCUUUCCUAGCUUUUAGCUCCUGUGCUAUGCUUGCAAUGCCAUUUACACUUGAAUGAAAUACUUGAGCAAGAAAAGAGACUGGGCUUAUUCUUCUAACUGUGAAUCUUUCCCACAUACCGCUCACGUCACGUUCAGCCAACUUUUUUUCCUUUGCUAUUUGCCAUUUAUUAUGAUUUAGUUGACUUAAGCUUCACAUUCCUCAAUGUGUGCAUUUAGUGCUACAUAGUGUUGUCUGGAGGUCUUUAGGAGUGUAGCAAAGAUGACCGGGAUCAUCUUUUCAUGCAGUGCCUUAGGUACUCUUAUACUGACCUUGCUUCUGUUUCCUGUCUAUGGCCUCAAAAAGGUUGUGGCUUCACUCAAUUCACUAUUGCUUUGAAAACCAAAGAUUUGCUUAUUUUCCAUUUGUUAACAUGGCCUUGCGUAUCUUCUAUAAAACGCUGCGUGAUUUACAUAUACAAUGAUGUAUACUCAACGCUAGUAAAUUGUGUUUUUGUGGCCUGCUCAAGGUUUUCUUUCCAUCUGAGAUUUCUUUUCAAAAUAAACUCAGUUUCUUCAGGAACUGACCAAUCAUUAGACAAUAAUAAAAUAAUAAUAAUAAUCUAGGCAAUGGUGUAAUAGAAUUUGUUUAAAACUUUCUAUCUUCAUUAUUGGGUUAAAGUAGGGGUGGCUAAUGCAGGAUGCAUACAGAUAUUUAAUUUGGUAGCCCAGGGUGCCUUUGCCCCCCCCCCUCUCUCUAUAUAUAUUCCAUUAAAAGGGGGGAAUGAUCUUCUAGAACAGGGCAGAACCCCUUCUUCAAAUGCCUGCUCUCCUUCCAAUUAAAAAAACACAAAAAUGUAUAUACUCAUGUAUAGAUCUACACAUUUGUCUCAAAAAAUCAACCCAAAAAAACGUUGUCAACUUAUCCAUGGGCCAGUAUAAGUAUUGUACCUUCACUCUUACAAAAAAAGGAACCAUCCCUUUCUCUGAGUAGAGUGGUGAAUGGCAGGAGUUUAUUCCAUCCUGGGAGACCUAAAAGAAGCUUUCUAUUGUGGCAUAAUUUCUUGCUUUUCUGAAUGCCUUGGUGGGAAAAUGUUGGUAGCAGCCAGGGGCUUCCUAAGGCAUCAUUGGUGCUUUCCCCUCAUCAUGGAAUGACCAAUGGAUCAUAUCAAAAUCCAUAAUUUUGGCCCCCAUAUCUGCCCUUGACUCAUACAUGAGAUUGACUGAUACAUGAGUAACAUCAUCAUUAUAGGUGAUCCCUCGUUGCCAAGUAUGAUGUUUUCCAAGGGUAAAGUCUUGGUGGUGGAGCCUAUUCAUGGUCUCCCAUAGAUUUCCUGGUGGAAGGCAGUCACAACAAGGAUUUGCUUGUUGCACCUUUCUCUUGGCACAUGUCUCUCUUUUGCUCUCUAUUCGUACCUUUUCAAAAUCCAUAGCACUCUUGGUAACAGCUGACGUCAAGUCAAAACACUUGUAUACAGUAAGUGAACUUAUAGCCAAUUCCAAAUUUAUUCUGGAAGGAUGUGAUCAAUGGCAGGUUUAGCGGUGGGGGGCAACAGGCACCAGAAUCCUCAGAAGUUGCUCAGUUCUGGGUCAAAUCCACUUCAUUGGUCCUACUCCAGAGGCCAUGCAGCUCUCCUAAGUACAACUCACAGAACAGCCAGUAGGUCAUCCUUGCCCCCAUUCCUCGUCUUGGAAAGCUAUGCUGACCACCACUAUUAUCAAUGCCUAAGGAUGACCCUUGGUUCUCUGAAAAGCAAUUCCUUGUACAACUAGCUUCUAACCCUGGAUGAAUGGGAAACCUGGAUAACCCAAUGCACAACGAAGGUAAGGAAAUUUGUUCUGAAAAGAGAUCAUGCAGCCAUCAUUUUAUAACUGUGGGUAGGAAAUAGGGUUCCUUCAAAUGUAUGCUGGCCUCAACAACAGAAAAUGGAACAUGGAGAAGCCUUGAAGGGGCUUGGAAACUUAUUGGCCCUUACGUAAUGCAUCAAUUAUAAUUCUCAGGGUUUUGUGGGGUUUUGCUAUUUCAUUUGUGUGCAUGUAUUUUUAUCUGGAUUCUGUCCAAUAUUCUGUGCCAAUUUCAAGCAAGUGUAGCUGAUUACUGAUGAGAAAAGUGCUUUCUAACCCAGAUAAAAAUAAAAAUAACUGCCCCUUC